CAUUCCCUGCCUCACAUGCUAUGUCAUGCAAGCUUUGAAGCACUUAGCACAUAAUUUAAAAGAAUGACUAAUUUGGCAAGCAUAAUGGAAGGCACGCAUACUAUCCUCCAAUUGCACAAACCUAUUGUGGAGCUUUGUUAUGUCAGCUUCUGUCUUCCAGAGGGAAAAGUCAGAGGGUUUACUUACAAGGGCUCUGUAACUCUGGAUAGAACCAGCAAACGUUUCUGUAGCUGCUAUCAAGUAAGGGAGAGGUUAGACAUGGAGCUGAGAGAACAGCCAUAUGAAAACUUUGGAAAUAUUAUUUUCAUGCAAGCUACCACAAAAGACAUCCUUACUGAACUGUACAAACUGACUGUUGAAAAGGAAAAACUGUUAUCUGGUCUUUUGAGAUCGCAUCAUAUUCUGGGCCUUAACACAAGAUUUCAGGAGGGAAAGCAACAGGCUGUUUCUGGAGUCCCGAAGCGUAAGGGAGAUGAUUACUCCAGUUUUACACAUCAGCAGGAGUUCUUUCUGGAUGCCACAAAGACAGACAAUUUGAAUCACAAAAAAAUUAGGAAAUACAGAAGGAAAGAGAGCUUUGAGGAGUUCAGACAUCAGAAAGGGGGAAAAAAGAUACACGAACAACUUCUUUCUUUACCGAGUGCGCAAGACAUGCAACUGGAAUAUAAGAGGAUGCUCCCUGCAAGAUUUCCUGCCAGGCGUUUUCCCGGUUCAUCUUCUGCCUCCAGUUGCCUAACAGUAAAAGGUAAGGAUGAUUUACCAGCAGACAACAGUAUACGACCAGAAAGGUGGAUAGGAGAGGGGUAUUUUCUUGAGAGCAACAAACCUGUGAAACUCGAUGCUGACUUACCAAGUUCUAGCUCAAAAGACAACGACGACAUGGUCACAGUUGAACUAGUGGAUAAUGGAGAAUGUGUUCCUCAAGUUACAAAGGUACAACAGAGUAUCACUUUGGUAAAGUCAUCUCAGGACAGUCUAUCUAACAAACUCGAGGCAUUAGGUAAAUCUGCAGGUGCUAAAAGCUUGAAGAGUAGCAAGUAUACUGAGCUGGUCUGCAAGGAGAAUCCAGGAAUCACAGUUGUUGCUGAAGUACAGGGUUCAGAAACUUGUAUUAAGAAAGGUGCCAAGCUCCCUGCAGAGUCUUCGCCUGAUUUUCACGGAGAGAAAGAAACCAUUUCUCCUGUUCGCACAACGCUACAUAACGAGCUUACGUCAGGAGCUGACGCGUACUCUGUAGGUGAAGCUGCCGGAGACUCUAAAAACAUUGUGCUGCAGGAAAAGGAGCAAGACAGCUCUAGUCUGCAGAACAAAGCAGAGAGAGUGCGUAUUACCGAUGAGUCAUGCAGCCUUGUGGGAGCAGUCAAUAAAGCUCUUCUGAAAGUUAUACGGAGCGACAGUUUAGAUGAAGCUGCAGAAUGGAAGAGACUGCAACAAAUUACAAGAGUAGACAGAAACCUGCCAGGCUCAACAUAUGAGAAAAGAACCACGGCUUCCCGGGGAAGCAGCAAGCAUUUAUUUUUGAACCUGCCUGUAAAUGAAAGUCCUGAUAUUUCUCAGACAAGUAAUAAUCUUAAACUGGAAGAGAAGAGGCUGCAUUCACCCUCGUUAGUAGCAGUGAGUAAUGUUUUUAGUAAUUCAUAUCCGCUAUCUAAUACACACAAACAGAUGUCGCCUAUUCCUUCUCCAUUAUCUUCGAGACUGCCUAGCCCGCAGCUGCAUCAUCGGAUUCUUCCGUUACCGGCAAAGGACACGGAGGAUGAAUCUAUGCUCAGCGACUACGGCAGUGGGAGACACGGUGCUAUAAACCUCUCUUUCAGUGAUUUGGAGCCACAGUUUUAUCUGAAGUUUUCUGAACCUGGAGACUUGGGGUUCGCGACCAGACAGCCAGGCCUACAUCAGAAUGCAACUGCAGGGCAUUUUGAAAAACGUGCUGUACAAGAAAAACUAACUACUCAGGCACAGCAUAAUUUCUGUCCAGGUCAGUCCUCUAUUUCAUACAUUUUUAAACUAAUAGAAUUGACCAAUCAUGAAAGCAUUGGAGUGUUUUUUUUAAUAGUGCCUUUAAUAAUAAAUAGCAUUUUUGUAACGAAAUUAGUUGCACUGCUAGAAGCAAACCUAUUCUGUACUUCAUGCAACAUGGAAGAAGGAAAUGCGGUGCCUGAUUGUAGUGAGUGUUCAGACCUGGAGAAUACAGCAGAAAGUGAACCUGAUCUUUUAACAUUUUCUGUGAAAGCACUUUUUGGAUUUACAACUAAAUUUGAAUCUACAGCUUCCAAAGAAGAAACAGUGCUUAAAGCAUUUCAACCUCUGCACGCCAAUACAAAUGCUCAUGCUAACGCCUGGCAUGAGAGGAAUGAUAAUGAUUGUAACGACGACUCAGAAAAUCAGCACAGCGUGAACAGUACCAGUGGCCAAGCUGGCCCAAUGUCUGGCGGGCAAACUGAGCCGGGACUGGAGCUAGCUGAACAAAAUGAAUUGCUUCUUCACCAUUUAAGGUUUGUACAGACUUCUUUGUCUGAAUCUGACAAUGAUGACAAGGAUGCUAUUCUCGUACAAGGUACUUUGGUUCAUACAACAAGUGAUACAGAAUCGGACACGGAGAGUAAGGACCUAGACACCGAUGAAAACAAUACAGGCGAAUCGGGGCUAAAUAAUACUGCUUUGUCUACUGAGGCUUUGGACGAUAACAAUCAAAAUAAGGAAGAGUCAGGAUCAGAAGGGCACAGCAACAGCGAUGACACUGUGGAUACAGAUGACAUUGAGUUACACCCACCAAUUUCUAAGCGGCUCCCAAAAGCGCUGGAUAAUAUUCUGGAACAUGACUCUAAUGGAAAACACAAGAUGUUAAUGGAUGAGCAGCUCAGUCACUUGCUUGCUACAGGGGAAUGCCCUCAAGAACUUCCAGAUGAAGAACAAAGACCUUCAGCUGAUAAUAUAUCGCUCCAAAAAACAGCACUGCCUGAAAAGACUUUCCAGCUGCCCGCUUUCUUUAGUGGACUACGUGUGAGGAAAAAGGGCCUAACCACAGAGGAUGGGGAAACUGUAACAGAAAUUAAACCAAGGGAGAAUGAUUUAGCUCUGCUUAAAUUACGACAGCCUGUUAAGAAAUCCAGUAUUACAGCAGGUUUGACCACUAAAAAAAAAUCAGCUGAAUCUAAAGUAAGUCCUACUUUCCUGGAACAACUCUCGCACUUGUUAAAUAUAGACGUCUCCAAGAAUGAAGAUAGAACUGAGGAAUCUGGUGAGGGAUCUGGGGAGACCGAGGACAGUGAUGAAGCUCAAGAGAACAAAGCCUCCGGCAAAACAGAACCACGAUUUCCCUCUGAGGAAAUAAAAUCAAGCCCUGCUGAAUCUGCACUGGACGUCUUUAAAGCUUUAUUCACGCGGCCUCCCAAAAAAGAAACAACUGCAGAUACUUCAGAGCUGGAAGCCAUAAAACGCAAAAUGAGAAAUGAAAAAGAGUCCUUGAAAGCUGUAUUUGAAAGGUCAAAAUCAAAACCUGGGGAUGGACCGUCAGAAAAAUCUCCUGACCUGAGUCCCUCAGAGCAAGAUGACAAGACUCCAGGGAGACUCCAGACUGUCUGGCCGCCACCAAGAGCAAAGCACGAAGAAGUAAAAGUAGGAUUAAAGUACACAGAAGCAGAGUACCAAGCUGCCAUUUUGCAUUUAAAGAGGGAACACAAGGAAGAAAUUGAAACAUUAAAGUCUCAGUUUGAACUCAGGGUAUUCCAUAUUCGUGGAGAACAUGCUGUAUCAACUGCUCAGCUUGAGGAAACCAUUGCACAUCUGAAGAAUGAACUCGAUAAUAAAUUAAACAGAAGAAAUGAAAAAGCAAAGGAUAUUGGUGUUUCUACUGAAGAUGAUAACCCACCAAAGACAUACCGAAAUGUAUGUAUACAGACUGACAGAGAAACUUUCAUAAAGCCUAGUGAAGAAGAAAACAGAGCUGUGAAAAAUAACCAAAUAGUUCCCAAAAAGCUUAAUAUUUCUUCUUUGUCACAUAGUAUUUCUGCCCAAAGUGAAAGUAAGGACAAUUACAAUGUACAGUCCUCAGACAGUGUCCUACCUUGUCAACAAAAACAAAUGCUGCCUCCCCCUCCACCACCACCACCACCACUUCCCCCUCCUCCUCCUCCCCCCCUUCCUGAUUCUUCACUGCCAGGUUUAGUUCCUCCACCACCGCCUUUGCCAACGGGGCUGACUUCACUGACGUCUCAGUUUGGAUCUGGUCCACCACUGCCACCUCCACUUUCUGAAGGCUGUAGGAAUUUUCAAGCGCCACCGCCACCACCACCGCUUCCAGGGUUGGGACCUCCUGUUCCUCCACCACUGCCUGGAUCUGGGUUACCUCCUCCCCCUCCACCUCCUGGGCCUGGGUUCUUUUUUAAUAGCACUUUAUCUUCAAACCAAGGUCCUCGAAAACCUGCCAUUGAACCUAGCCGUCCCAUGAAGCCUUUGUAUUGGACGCGGAUACAAUUACAAGGCAGCAGGAAAACUGCUAUGCCAACAUUAUGGGAAUCACUAGAAGAACCUGAUAUACUUGAUACUACUGAGUUUGAAUAUUUAUUCUCCAAAGACACCACUCAGGAAAAAAGAAAACCAUUAUCAGAGACUUACGAAAAAAAAACCAAGGCCAAAAAGAUUAUCAAAUUGUUGGAUGGGAAAAGGUCACAAACUGUAGGAAUUUUAAUAUCCAGCUUGCAUCUGGAGAUGAAGGAUAUUCAACAAGCUAUACUGUGUGUUGAUGACUCCGUAGUAGAUCUGGAGACACUGGAAGCACUAUAUGAAAAUAGAGCGCAAAAGGAUGAACUAGAGAAAAUCAAGCAAUAUUAUCAGACUUCAAAAGAGGAGGAACUGAAGCUUCUGGAUAAACCAGAACAGUUUUUAUAUGAGUUAUCUCAGAUCCCCAACUUCACGGAACGAGCUCAGUGUAUUAUCUUCCAGUCAGUUUUCUCUGAAGGGAUAACAUCAGUGCACCGGAAAGUUGAUAUCGUAACUCGUGUUUCCAAGGCUUUGCUGAACAUGACAAGUGUAAAGGAAAUUUUAGGUUUGAUUCUGGCUUUUGGAAAUUAUAUGAAUGGUGGGAAUAGGACCCGAGGUCAAGCUGAUGGAUUUGGUUUGGAAAUACUCCCCAAACUAAAGGAUGUCAAAAGCAGAGAUAAUGGUAUUAAUCUCGUGGAUUAUGUCGUCAUAUAUUACCUACGCCAUUGUGAUAAGGAAGCAGGAACAGACAAGAGUAUUUUUCCUUUACCAGAACCACAGGAUUUUUUCCAGGCCUCCCAAGUUAAGUUUGAAGACCUAAUAAAAGACUUAAGGAAACUGAAGAGGGAUCUAGAAGCCUCUGAAAAGCAGAUGAAUUUAGUUUGCAGUGAGUCUUCUGAAGAACAUCUCCAGCCCUUCAAGGAGAAAUUAGAGGAAUUCUUCCAGAAAGUUAAAAACAAAUUUCGUACCACUGCAAAGGAAAAUAAACUUACUAGACAACAAGAUCACUUUGAAGAAACAGUGGGAUACUUUGGGAUAAAGCCAAAGCCUGGCGAGAAGGAGAUCUCACCAAACUACGUUUUCACGGUGUGGUACGAAUUCUGCAGUGACUUCAAGACCAUUUGGAAACGAGAGAGCAAAAGCAUUUCCAAGGAACGAAUUAAAGUGGCUCAGCAAUCAGUGAGCAAGUUAACUGCAGAGAAGAAAGUUGAAACGAAGAAAAUCAAUCCUACAGCUAGCCUGAAAGAAAGACUACGUAAAAAGGAAGCCAACGUGACUGCCAACUGAAAGAAGACAGAUGAAAAUGGUGGUGUGACUUCAUACCUCGCAUGAUGCUUUACUACACCCAUGGCCCAGGGAGCACUUUAUAUUAGAUACUGAAUUCUGCUUUGCUGAUCUCUUCCAAGACAAUCCACUAAAGACUUUUCAGUUCCUCCAGAGGGGUUUGUACAUUCAGCGGAAAGAAUUCUCACUGAGGUUUUUACAUGGGAAGUCAAAAUUAUUUUCUGUAACUCUUCCUUACAUUGCUUAAAAUUCGUCUGGCUGUUAAUGCUUAUUUAAAAGUACCCCGUGCAUAAUGCGUUAAUAUGGAAGAGCUAAAUUGAGCUGUUUGGAUGCUGAGUUAAGUAACGACUAACAACCUGUAGACUAUUUACGGGGCUUUAUGUAGAUAACAGCAAAUAUGCCAAUAUGCCAUUCAGCUCAGAAAAGACUAUUACAUAACACUUCUUGUUACUUCAGUAGUAACUGAGGUAAAAUUGACUGAUUCUAAGUAAUUUUACAGUGUCUAAGUAUUGGUUUAUGCAUCUUUCUAAAACUGAUUAAAUGUAAUUAUAGAUUUAUGCUGUAUUUUACUAUAAGUAUUUUUAUAGAAGCUUCAGCUUAUGCCAUACAUAGAAAUGGAAACAAUAUUUUGCACAUGAAAAGGAAUAGCUUCAAAUUCUUUAGUUUUAUGAUUGAUGGCAUAACUGAUUCAUUAUUUUUAUGGUUCUAACCUAACAUUUCCUAAAUUUCAAGUUUCAAAAGAAAAAUUAUAAAAAUGUAUAUUUUUAUUUCAGUAUAUAUUGAAAAAUAUACAUUCCAUAAAGUGAUGGCUUUAUUAGUCAUUAUUCAUUGAACUAGAAUACAACAAUAUGUCUCCGUGAAGUUACACAUUUGCCAUUAAAUCUCUGGCUUUCAAUUCUAUUGAAAGCUUUCUUUUAAACAGUGAAUAUCUCACUCUAACAUAUAUUAUGUGGCCUGCUUUUAUCCCCUUAUAUUUGUAUGACGAAUUUGUCCAGCUUACCUAUAUAUAUAAAAUUUAAUUUAAUAAGUAAAACUUGAGGAAGAAAUAAAAGAGUCUCCCUGUCCUCCUGUAUCAUUAUAACCACUGCCCAUAAAGUAGCAGAGCCUGAAAAAAAACCCUACAGAAUAUCCACUGUUACUUGAAGAUUCUUCCUGCAUUUUAAGGAUUUGGACCCUAAGAAGGAGAGAUCUUGAAGCAGAAGUUAAUUUAAGGUAAAACAGUAAAGUGAUUUUUAAAUACAAGUAGGUAAUGGCCUAUAAGUAGGAACAACAAACUGGAGAAAACAUGCUUCUGCUUGCUGUCCACAAGAGAGAAAUCCCCUUCUUUAUGAUAAUGGUGUCUGAAGUUGGUUACAAAGAGAAUUCAGGUGAAGCAAAAAAGUACAAAAAGGUAAAAAGGUCGGGGGAACUUAUUAGUCCUUUUCUUAGAAGCUGGAAAGAAUAUACAUAAGACAGACAUGGGUUAUCCAUACAGAAAAUUAGUUAGAGAAACUGUGAUGAAACCUAAGCCAAAGUCAUCCCUAGAAGCGUACACUUAUUUAGGAGAACAGCAGUUGUGGAGACCCCCAUUCAUUAAUAAAUGUGAAGAUUUCAUAUACUGCAGGUUUCUUAAAUAAGUCUCUCUCUCAUUCCUGCAUAAACAAAAACAAGGGAAUCUUGAUUCCCUUGCACGUUUGGGAGCUCCUAGCCGCUGCAGAUACACUCAAGAGCUGUAAGCAUAAUUCUUACGAAAACAGUCAAUAAUAUACCAGCAAAAAUAAUCUGAUUUGUAGUUUGACUAUACCUGUUGCACGGAAAUAAGUUCCAAAGAUUUACGUUUUCUGUCUUCCACCAAAUAUGUACAGUGUAUUUGUUUCCAAUAUUAUUAGUGAUAAACAACAGGAGCCAUAAUGUUUAUAAAAGCCAGAGAGCAACAGCAAGUAAGGCAAUUCUGAUGGGUGUUUAAGCAAACAAGUGUUGAGUUUUGAUAUGGUUUCCUAUCUAUCAUGAGGGUAGUGUUUAUUGACAUUUGACUUGAUCAGGAAUUUUUCAAUGAAAUGUUUUACUCAAAAUAUUAAUCAACAAGAGUAGCACUCUCUGUGAAAAAGGGUUGGUCUUGAAAAUCCUCAUUAGAAAUAUAUUAUGGAAAAAGUUUUUUAAAGUAUUGAAAUACCCUGUUUCAAAAUUUCUAAAUGUGAAGUUUCAUUUUUCAGUUCAAAUUGACUUCAUUUUGAAAUGUUGAAAAAUGUAUAUAAAAAGGGAUUAAAAUUAAAAUUAUUGAUGUAAAGCA